ACAACAAACUGCGCCGUGUGUUUGAGCCAAGUCGGUGUGUAUAAAAAGGCAGCUGCGUCCCCAGAGCAGCCUGCUUCGUUUGAACCCCGCCGUCCAACAUGAAGCUUCUCACGCCGGCCCUGCUCGGCGCAUGUCUCGCCUUGGCGUUCGCGGCCCCCGCUGGAAAUGUGAGAUGGUGUUUGCAGUCGGACCAAGAGAUGCGUAAGUGCGGGGACCUGGCGGCGAAAGCGCCCGUGUUCUCCUGCGUGAAACGGCAGAGCAGCCUCGCCUGCAUCCAGGCAGUGAAGGCGGGUGAAGCAGAUGCAAUCACUCUGGAUGGAGGGGAUAUCUACACAGCAGGGCUGAAUAACUAUGACCUGCACCCCAUCAUUGCUGAAGAUUACGGAAGGGAUACAGACACCUGUUAUUAUGCUGUUGCUGUGGCAAAGAAGGGUACCAAAUUUGGCAUCAGGGCACUCAGGGGCAAGAAAUCCUGCCACACUGGGUUAGGGAAGUCUGCAGGCUGGAACAUUCCCAUUGGUACUCUGGUGUCUUUGGGUGAAAUUAACUGGGGCGGCACUGAGGAAGGAUCAGUGGAACCAGCUGUGAGCAACUUCUUUUCGGCUAGCUGUGUCCCAGGAGCAACCAACCUCCCCACCAAAUUGUGUCAGUUGUGCAAGGGAGACUGCUCCAGAUCCCAAAAAGAGCCUUACUAUGAUUAUAAUGGAGCCUUCCAGUGUCUGGCUGAUGGAGCUGGAGAUGUGGCUUUCGUCAAGCACCUCACUGUUCCUGAUAAUGUGAAGGACGACUAUGAGCUGCUGUGCAAGGAUGACAGCAGGGCACCCAUCGACAGCUACAAAACCUGCCACUGGGCCAAAGUACCUGCCCACGCUGUGGUGAGCCGCAAAGACCCGGAGUUGGCCAAACUCAUUUACAAAAGCCUCACUGCUGUCCAGGGCUUUGACCUCUUCUCCUCUGAAAACUACGCCCCGGCCAAAAAUCUGAUGUUCAAGGACUCAACAGAGAGGCUGCUGGAGCUGCCCCCAAACACGGACUCUUUCCUCUACUUGGGCGCUGAAUACAUGAGCAUCAUCAGCUCGCUGAAGAAAGAACAGAAUGCAGACACUGAAUCAGGUACCAUUAGAUGGUGUGCUGUGGGUCACGCUGAGACAGUCAAGUGUGAUAGCUGGAGCACCGCCAGUCUUGAUGAAGAGCACGCCCAGAUUGAAUGUCAGAAUGGCGCCACAGUAGAAGAGUGCGUGAAGAAAAUUAUGCGAAAUGAAGCUGAUGCAAUUGCAAUUGAUGGAGGACAGGUCUAUACAGCUGGCAAGUGUGGGCUCGUCCCUGUCAUGGUGGAGCAGUAUGUUAAAGAGCUGUGUAACGCCACUGGAUCCAGACAGCAAGCCUCUUCUUACUAUGCUGUGGCGGUUGUGAAGAGAGCCUCUGGGGUGACCUGGGCAAACCUGAAGGGCAAGAGGAGCUGCCACACUGGCAUUGGCAGAACGGCUGGCUGGAACAUUCCCAUGGGUCACAUUCACAAAAUUAAUAAUAACUGUGACUUCAGUGAUUUUUUCCCUAGUGGCUGUGCCCCCGGAGCAGACCCCGCCUCUUCAUUUUGUUCUCAGUGUGCUGGCAGUGGCAAAGCCGUGGGAGAUGAUGCAAAGUGCAAAGCCAGUGCUGAUGAGCAGUACUAUGGCUAUGCUGGGGCCUUCAGAUGUCUUGUGGAGGGUGCUGGAGAUGUUGCCUUUAUCAAACACACCAUUGUUCAAGAGAACAGUGAUGGAAAAGGGCCUGCAUGGGCUCAGGGAGUGAAUUCUAUGGACUAUGGGUUGAUUUGUCCUGGGAAGGGUGUCGUCUCCAUCAGUGAGUAUGCAUCAUGCAACCUAGCCAAGGUGCCUGCUCACGCUGUAGUGACCCGUCCAGAAAGACGCAACGCUGUGAUUCGCACGCUUCUGCAGCAGCAGGUCAGGUUUGGCAGUUCUGUCACUGAUUCCUCAUUCAUGAUGUUCAAGUCGUUGAAUGGCAACAAGAACCUUCUCUUCAAAGACUCCACAGAAUGUCUGCUGGAGUUGAAAGCUGGGAUGACCUAUGAGUCUUUCUUGGGACCUGACUAUAUGACAGCCAUGGCAUCACUCAGGCAGUGCAGUGCUACUACUCCAGAUCUGGAGAAAUCUUGCACUUUUCAUUCCUGCCAGCAAAAAAACUAGUGGAGACAGCAGAAUAUACAGUGCCUCAGUCUGCCCCCAGUGAUUCAUGCAACCUACCUGCUCUGGACCCAAAGUUAACAUUACGUAUUUUGCUUAUCAUUGUUUUUUAGAAAAAAAAUCCACAAAACAGGAAAAGAAGAUCGGAUGUAUGUAGAACAUAGGUAACUGGCAUCAUUUUCAAUUACUAACACUGCAGCAAAUCAAAAUCUGUAAAUCAUAGGCCAUCAGAUGAUCCUCAUACUUUAGAAGCUGUUACUCUAGCUAAACAAGAUGGAAAUCUGAUUGAAUGAAGAAAGGUCUUUUUCUGGCACUUUACUUUUUCUCAAAUAAAACAUACCCUUUUUCAUGAUCUA